AUGCGCUCGCUCAACCCUCUGGCCCACGCCAUGAUGCGCAUUGAUGUGUUCCAGAGUAGGCUGGACAACUUUGCACGUAAACUUAUGCAGCAUGUAGUUAUGCCGUGUGUGCGUAACGCUGAUCUGGUGCCUGUGGUGGGUUCUGAGUCGCCGUUAGUAACCACACUCAGGCUGCCGACAACAAACGAG